CCACAGUUUAAUCUUGUGUUAAAUUUUACACAUUUAAAUUAUGUAAUUUUUGUGAGUGGAUUAUUCAAUUUUCAAUGGAAUUUGUCAGUGGAAUUUUUCUUGUGUUUUGGUGUUCAAUCACCGGAAUUCUCUGUAAUAUAAAAGCUUCUAAUCUUCCAAAAUUUAAUAAUAAUCAUCUAAAAUUAAAUAAUUAUAGAAAAUAUAAUUAUAAUUAUAGUUUUGUAACUUCUCCCGUAAAUAUCAUAACUUCUACGAAAUCAAGAUUAAACGCGUUAAAUAAUGAGAAUACAGCUGUUUUAACCGAGAAAUCAGUAAAUACCGAGGACACUAAUGUCAUAGUGACUAAACACUCCGAUAGAAAAAUUUUACCUUUAACAUUAAACUUGGUAAAGCCUUCAGAUAAACUAAAAUAUAUAAAAACAAAGUGUGAAAAUAUUAAAGUUAAAAUUUAUGAUUUAUUAUACCCUAAAGAUUGUUCUCCUGAGGUGUUGAAAUUUAUAAAUUAUAAACACUUUGAGCGGUUCUUAUUAUCAUUUUAUUCCGCAAUUACUAUGAAUAUUAAGUUCAAUAAUACGCCAGAAACUGUUGCUAAAUCUCUGGAGGAAAACUCUGUCAAAAGUGGUAACAAAGUGCUAACAAUGUUCACGAGUUUAAUGUUUAAGGAUUUUUUUGGUAAAGUUAUUAAUUACUAUUGGUUCAAUAAGGUUAAUCUCUCGAGUUUCCCCAGGUUCUACCGUAUCUCGAGUACUGUGAUCUACAGUGUCCUGGGCCUUUUGGACUCUGUGAUAAAUUACAAAUUACUGGAGCCGAAAACUGUAUUAUUUGCUAUAAAUAAUGUUUUUAAACAACUGUCACUGCUAACAUUGAAUAAUCUGAAUAACCUCUACACUCAGGAGAAAAAUCUGGUUGUCAGGGAUAACAAUUACAUUUUUGACCUUUUGGGCAUGUCGUUGGGGCUUCUGGUGUCACAUUUAUUGAAUAAAUUUGACACUUUUAAAUUCACCACAGUGAUUACCAAUUUUAUCGCAAACAACUUGACUUCCUACUACAUAACAACUUUAAAGUAAUUUAAUAACAUAUAC